CCGCUCCCUUGCUCUCUGGUCGAGGAUGCUGAGCGCCAGGCCGGUGGCCGCCGAGGGGGGUCCAGUCUGCUCCUGAGGCGUUUGCCUGCAGGUGCCUGAGCGGAGCCCUUCGGUGCCCAAAGAUGCUGAGCGGCAUUUGGGUCCUCAGCGUGUUCACUGUGGCCGGGAUCUUACAGACUGAGAGUCGUAAAACUGCCAAAGACAUUUGCAAGAUCCGCUGCCUGUGCGAAGAGAAGGAGAACGUUCUGAACAUUAACUGUGAAAACAAAGGGUUUACCACCGUCAGCCUGCUCCAGCCCCCCCAGUCCCGAAUCUACCAGCUCUUCCUCAAUGGCAAUCUCCUGACCCGACUCUACCCCAAUGAGUUUGUCAACUACUCCAAUGCCGUGACGCUCCACCUGGGGAACAACGGGCUGCAAGAGAUCCGCACCGGCGCCUUCGGGGGCCUCAAAACCCUCAAGAGACUGCACCUCAACAACAACAAGCUCGAGGUGCUCAGGGAGGACAGCUUCCUGGGCCUGGAGAGCCUGGAGUACCUCCAGGCGGACUACAACUACAUCAGCACCAUCGAGGCGGGGGCCUUCAGCAAGCUCAACAAGCUUAAAGUGCUGAUCCUGAACGACAACCUCCUGCUCUCUCUGCCCAGCAAUGUCUUCCGCUUUGUCCUGCUGACCCACUUAGACCUAAGAGGGAACAGGCUGAAAGUCAUGCCGUUCGCUGGCGUCCUGGAACACAUCGGAGGCAUCAUGGAGAUUCAGCUGGAAGAAAACCCCUGGAACUGUACCUGUGACCUGCUCCCCCUCAAGGCCUGGCUGGACACCAUCACCGUUUUCGUGGGGGAGAUUGUCUGCGAGACGCCCUUUCGCUUGCACGGGAAAGAUGUGACCCAACUGACCAGGCAAGACCUCUGUCCCAGGAAAAGUGCCGGUGACGCCACGCAGAGGGGCAGCCACGGGGACACCCAUGUCCAAAGGCUGUCCCCUACUCUGAAUCCUGCUCUCAACCCGACCAGGACUCCAAAAGCCAGCCGACCACCCAAGAUGAGAAACCGUCCGACUCCUCGGGUCACGGUGCCAAAGGAUAGGCAGAGCUUUGGCCCCAUCAUGGUGUACCAGACCAAGUCCCCUGUGCCCCUCACCUGUCCCAGCAGCUGUGUCUGCACCUCGCAGAGCUCAGACAAUGGUCUCAACGUCAACUGCCAAGAAAGGAAGUUCACCAACAUCUCCGACUUGCAGCCCAAACCUACCAGUCCAAAGAAACUCUACCUAACAGGGAACUAUCUGCAAACUGUCUAUAAGAAUGACCUCUUAGAGUACAGUUCUUUGGAUUUGUUGCAUUUAGGAAACAACCGGAUUGCGGUCAUUCAGGAAGGUGCCUUCAGGAACCUGACCAGCUUGCGCAGACUGUAUCUGAAUGGCAAUUACCUGGAAGUGCUGUAUCCGGCCAUGUUCGAUGGUCUGCAGAGCUUGCAGUAUCUCUACUUAGAGUAUAAUGUCAUUAAGGAAAUCAAGCCGCUUACUUUUGAUGCAUUGAUUAACUUACAGCUCCUGUUUCUCAAUAACAACCUGCUCCGAUCCCUGCCGGACAAUAUCUUUGGGGGCACAGCCCUCACCAGGCUGAACCUGAGGAACAACCACUUCUCCCACCUGCCUGUCAAAGGGGUUCUCGAUCAGCUCCCUGCUUUCAUUCAGAUCGAUCUGCAAGAGAACCCAUGGGACUGUACCUGUGACAUCAUGGGAUUAAAGGAUUGGACAGAGCACGCCAGUUCCCCGGUCAUCAUCAAUGAGGUGACCUGUGAAUCUCCUGCGAAGCACGCUGGGGAGAUCCUGAAGUUUCUGGGGAGAGAGGUGAUCUGUCCAGAUAAUCCCAGUUUCGCAGAUGGCGCCAUUCUGUCGAUGAAUCAUCACACGGACCCGCCUCACUCCCUGAGCGCAUCCCCCAGUUCCCAUCCGGAGCUGCACACGGAAGUGCCCCUCUCUGUCUUAAUUUUAGGAUUGCUAGUUGUCUUCAUCUUGUCCGUCUGUUUUGGAGCCGGCCUCUUCGUCUUCGUCUUGAAACGCCGAAAGGGGGUGCCAAGUGUUCCCAGGAGCGCCAACAACUUAGACGUCAGUUCCUUCCAAUUACAAUAUGGGUCCUACAACACCGAAGCCCAUGACAAGACAGAUGGUCACGUCUAUAACUACAUCCCCCCACCUGUGGGGCAGAUGUGCCAAAACCCCAUCUACAUGCAGAAGGAAGGGGACCCUGUGGCCUAUUACCGCAACCUGCAAGAAUUCAGCUAUGGCAACCUGGAGGAGAAAAAAGAGGAGCCAGCUGCCCUGGCUUACACAAUAAGUGCCACCGAGUUGCUGGAAAAGCAAGCCACCCCGAGAGAGCCCGAGUUGCUCUAUCAGAAUAUUGCCGAGCGUGUCAAAGAGCUCCCCAGCAGCAGCCUGGUCCACUACAACUUUUGUACCUUACCGAAAAGGCAGUUCACCCCUUCCUAUGAGUCUCGACGCCAAAACCAAGACAGAAUCAAUAAGACCGUUUUGUAUGGAACUCCCAGGAAAUGUUUUGUGGGCCAGUCAAAACCCGAUCACCCUUUACUGCAAGCCAAGCCGCAAUCGGAACCAGACUACCUCGAAGUUCUGGAGAAACGUACUGCCAUCAGUCAGCUGUGAAGGGAACUCUUGGACCAGCCUCCAGCAUCCCAGGAGGCCCCUCCAAACUGUCCUAAGCCCUUCAUUUGCUUUUCUGUUGUUUUUGCUCUUUCCCAGC